GUCAGAGAUCAGUACAGAAACUCAGAAGACAAAGGCAGGUUCUUCUACGAUGUCGUACCGACGAGAACUAGAGAAAUACCGCGACCUGGAUGAAGACGAGAUCCUCGGAGCCCUAAGCGAGGAAGAGCUCAGGACCCUGGAAAAUGAGCUGGAUGAGUUGGACCCUGACAAUGCACUGCUGCCCGCAGGCCUGAGGCAGAAGGAUCAGACCACCAAGGCGCCCACGGGCCCCUUUAAAAGGGAAGAGCUCUUGGAUCACUUGGAAAAGCAAGCAAAGGAGUUUAAGGACCGAGAAGAUCUGGUCCCCUACACAGGGGAAAAGCGAGGAAAAGUCUGGGUUCCCAAGCAGAAGCCGAUGGAUCCGGUGCUGGAGAGUGUGACGCUGGAGCCGGAGCUGGAGGAGGCCUUGGCAAACGCCUCAGAUGCGGAACUCUGUGACAUCGCAGCUAUCCUGGGCAUGCACACGCUCAUGAGCAACCAGCAGUACUACCAGGCCCUGGGGAGCAGCUCCAUCGUGAACAAGGAGGGACUCAACAGUGUGAUCAAACCUACACAGUACAAGCCUGUGCCGGACGAGGAGCCAAAUUCAACAGACGUAGAGGAAACGCUGGAGCGGGUAAAGAACAACGACCCGAAACUUGAAGAGGUUAACCUCAACAACAUCCGGAAUAUCCCCAUAGCCACCCUCAAGGCAUACGCAGAAGCUCUGAAGGACAACUCGUACGUGAAGAAGUUCAGCAUCGUGGGGACACGGAGCAAUGACCCUGUGGCAUUUGCCCUUGCUGAGAUGCUCAAGGUGAACAAGGUGUUGAAGACGCUGAACGUGGAAUCCAACUUCAUUUCCGGAGCCGGGAUCCUGCGCCUGGUGGAAGCUCUUCCGUACAACACUGCUCUGGUGGAGCUGAAAAUCGAUAACCAGAGCCAGCCCCUGGGCAACAAAGUGGAAAUGGAGAUCGUGAGUAUGUUGGAAAAAAACGCAACGCUUCUCAAAUUCGGCUACCACUUCACCCAGCAGGGGCCCCGGCUUCGGGCGUCCAACGCAAUGAUGAACAACAACGACCUUGUGAGGAAGAGGCGGCUCGCGGACCUGACCGGGCCCAUCAUUCCCAAGUGCCGGAGCGGCGUCUAGGUGUGGCGGAGUGGCCCACGCCUCGGAACUGGACCGCUCUACCCAUCAUCUGUGCUCUGCCGUGGGAACCAGAAGGCAAAACGCCGGCACAAAAUCUUUAUGCACUAAGGUUUUAGGUUAACUAGUGGUUGUAGUUGAAAAUUUUAUAAACUAUGGUUAAUGUGAAGUUUUUCUUUA